CCUCAGAGGGCGGAGGUUCACAGUUUGAACGCUCGGUUCGUGUCCGGGCUGCUGUCGAAGAGGAGGGGGGGAAGGGCGAGGAAAGUGGGGUAAGCCAGCCUCGGCGGAACUUGCGAAGGGGCCGGGAAGAAGUGGCUGAAGCGUGCGGAACGGACGCCGAGCGAGGGGGCGGAUGGCGAGCUGACACCCACCCGGGCCCCGAUCGCUUGCGGCCGUCGCUCGAGCCCCGCCGGAGGGGAGGGGAGGGGUCGCCGGCCGGGAUGCGCUGCUGAGCGGCCUGGCCUUUCGGCGAGCUCAGGAACUUAAACCGCGACUCACCCGGCCUGCUGCAGACAGACGGGAAAAAGGGGGGGAAAAAGCACGGCGCGUCCCGGCUUUUAGUGGCAGCGCAGAGUCGGCAUCGCCAUCGGCGGAGGGACGGUCGGCAGAGAGAGAGGGAGAGCCGGCAAGAUGGCGGCGGACCCAGUGCAGGGUGACGGCCGAAGUCAUCCAGUAUCAGAGUGCCUGGGCCUGUGCCAGAACUUGGAUUUGUCGGACACCAUGGUGCAACAGAGACUGGAUGAAAUCAAGGAUUCAAUUAAACGAGAAAUACGAAAGGAACUUAAAAUUAAGGAAGGAGCAGAGAACCUCAAGAAAGUCACAACCGAUAAGAAAAAUCUUGCAUAUGUGGAAAAUAUGUUAAAAAAGUCAAAUAAAAAACUAGAUGAGCUUCACCAAGAGCUGCAAGAGUUGAAUGCACAUAUUGUUGUGAAAGAUCCUGAUCUGGCAGAUUGUCCACGAACCCCAGAUACUCCUAACCCUGAGAAUACAAAUAACAGUCGAAUUGCUGCCUUGAAGAAACAAUUGGAUAUUGAGCUGAAGGUGAAGUUGGGAGCUGAAAAUAUGAUCCAGAUGUACUCGAAUGGAUCGUCAAAGGAUAGAAAGUUGUUAGCGGCAGCUCAACAAAUGCUUCAAGAUAGUAAAACCAAAAUAGAAGUUAUAAGGAUGCAAAUUCUUAAGUCUACACAGACGAGUGAAGCUGUAUUUGAAAACACAGAUGGAAUAGCAUCAAAGCCUGGAAUAAGCCCCCUGGAGCUUAGAGUUGAAGAGCUUAGACAUCACUUCAGAAUAGAAUACGCAGUAGCGGAAGGAGCAAAAAAUGUUAUGCGACUGCUUGGCUCUGGAAAGGUUCCUGACAAGAAAGCACUUUCAGAGGCACAAGCAAGAUUUAAUGAAUCAAGCCAGAAGCUGGAUCUUUUAAAAUACUCAUUGGAACAAAGACUGAGUGAACUACCGAAAAACCAUCCAAAGAGUAGUAUAAUCAAAGACGAAUUAUCAAUGGUUUCAUCGCCUGCUCUCAGUCCACGUCACAGUGUGAUUUACCCACAGAAUCAGUACAGCACAUUAUCUAAACCUGCUGCAUUAACAGGUAGCCUGGAAGUUAGGCUUAUGGGAUGUCAAGACCUGCUGGAGACUGUUCCUGGUCGUUCAAAAAACACGUUUGUUCCCUUACCUGGCUGGAGCCCAAAUGAAACUAGAUCCUCCUUUAUAAGCAGGACAAGUAAAAGCCGAAGUGGGAAUAGCCGCUAUCCUGUCAAAACAGAAGAUCUGUCCAAUGAAAUAGGAGCUGUACUGAAGCUGGAUAAUACAGUGGUUGGACAGACCAGUUGGAAGCCAGUUUCCAAUCAGUCAUGGGAUCAGAAGUUUACGUUAGAACUAGAUCGGUCACGUGAACUGGAGAUGUCCGUUUAUUGGCGUGACUGGCGCUCCCUUUGUGCUGUGAAAUUUCUACGCUUAGAAGACUUCCUAGAUAAUCAACGGCAUGGAAUGUGCCUGUAUCUGGAACCACAGGGCACUCUAUUUGCAGAGGUAACUUUCUAUAAUCCAGUUAUUGAAAGGCGACCAAAAUUGCAAAGACAAAAGAAGAUCUUUCCAAAACAACAAGGCAAAACAUUCCUUCGAGCUCCUCAAAUGAAUAUUAAUAUUGCCACAUGGGGACGACUGGUGAGGAGAGCUGUUCCUACAGUAAAUAACUCUGGCACAUUUAGCCCUCCAGCUUCUAUCCCUGCAGCUGUGCCAGCUGUUCCUCAUAGAGAAAAUACAGAUUCUACUGGAGAUCUGCCAGUAGGAAAACUAGAUUUUGAAUCUGAACCUCCACUCACGCCACCACGAGCUUCAUCCCUUGGAGAAAACGGAGGAACCACAACUGAAGUAAGGAUCCCAGAUGGGAUUCAGGAAGCACUCUCAACUUUUGAUUUUCUGAAUGAUAGAAACAACAUUGUUUCUAAUGUUGAGAACAAUAGAAUAUCUGUGCCUGAACGACCCCGUCAAGAACUAGAAUUUCGAACACUCCCACAGCCAGAAGAUAAACGAAUACCGCAAAGAUUCCAGUUUAGUCUUCUGGACUUCAGGUGUGUUGCUGUGCUUGGCAGGGGACACUUUGGAAAGGUUCUCCUUUCGGAAUAUAAAGUCACUGGUGAAAUGUUUGCAAUAAAGGCCUUGAAGAAAGGAGAUAUUGUAGCUCGUGAUGAGGUCGACAGCCUUAUGUGUGAGAAAAGAAUAUUUGAGACUGUGAAUAGCGUCCGGCAUCCGUUUUUGGUCAAUCUCUUUGCGUGUUUUCAGACCAAAGAUCAUGUAUGUUUUGUAAUGGAGUAUGCGCCAGGUGGAGAUUUGAUGAUGCACAUCCAUGCUGACGUGUUCUCCGAACCCAGGGCCGUGUUCUAUGCUGCAUGUGUGGUCCUUGGUUUGCAGUAUUUACAUGAACACAAGAUAGUUUACAGAGACUUAAAGCUAGAUAAUCUGUUGUUGGACAGUGACGGCUAUGUCAAGAUUGCAGACUUUGGUCUUUGUAAGGAGGGUAUGGGUUUUGGAGAUCGAACGAGUACAUUUUGUGGCACUCCUGAAUUUCUCGCUCCAGAAGUGCUGACAGAGACGUCAUACACAAGAGCGGUUGACUGGUGGGGACUGGGUGUUCUUAUCUAUGAGAUGUUGGUUGGUGAGUCACCUUUUCCUGGUGAUGACGAAGAAGAAGUUUUUGACAGCAUUGUGAAUGAUGAAGUGCGAUAUCCAAGAUUCCUAUCCACAGAUUCCAUCUCCAUCAUGAGAAGGCUUCUUAGAAGGAAUCCAGAGAGACGCCUGGGAGCAAGCGAAAGAGACGCAGAAGAUGUAAAGAAACAAACAUUCUUCAGAGCUGUUGAUUGGAAUGCUUUGUUAGCAAAGAAAGUAAAACCUCCAUUCCAGCCCAUAAUCCAAGACCGGGAAGACGUCAGCAACUUCGAUGAAGAAUUUACCUCAGAGGCCCCAGUUCUUACACCACCCCGGGAACCAAGGAUUCUGGUUGAGGAGGAGCAGGGAAUGUUCAAGGACUUUGACUACAUAGCAGAUUGGUGUUAACUGCAGAAGGCAAACUUUCAAGGAGUAAAAACUGUGAAUUCAUAGCUGACAGUAGCUCAGAGAAAAGCCCUGUUUGAGACGGCAGUGUGUGCUAUCUGUAGUCCUCCAGUUUCAUGCAACUGAAGCUCUCUAAAAGAACAGCGAGCAGCAACUUUGGAUCUCUUGCUUCUUCAACCACCAGGGAAGUUCUCCUUUCCUGAACAUCAGUUUGUGCUCAGUGUGGCCAGUGCCAGAAAAUUCCAUUGUAGACUUGCACUGUUCUUUGUAACUGUACUGCAGAAACUCUCUUCUUACUAUGAUCUGUUCACUUUAUAAAUGGUAGUUGCCUUAAAUAGGAGAGGGUGUUGUUAAAAAAAAUCAUUCCUUGGGCUGGGUUGAAAACUACUUUCUCUGCCCUGUUACCACUGCAGUUUGAGGUGCUAUCAGCUGAUGACACUACAGAAUGAUCUCACCUGGCCUAAGGCAGCUUCUGUCUUGACUGCUGAUAAAACAAAAAUUACUGUGUUUGACCAAACCGUGUGCAUUUUAAACAAACUGAUUACCUGGCACAGUACUUGGGUCCCAGAUUACAGAAAAGCGAAUUUGAUGCCUUACCUUAAUAUUGUAAAUUUUAAUUGUAUUUAUUAUGUAGAAUUGCAAUAUGCCUUAACCUUGAGAGAGAGCACUAAGUGCUUCCAGAGGGAAUUUUUUGCAGGUACUGAAAGCCUACCAAAGCCACUUGCCAAACAGCAGCACCACCCCCAUGCUCCUAGGUCUGUAUGUAACUUGGUGGGCACCGGCCUAUUAGUUUCAUGAAGAGAAAGUUUGUUUUAUUUUUAAUGUUUGUAAGUCUUACUCCUUAGGUGUGAAGAACUGGCCAUCGAUGAGAUCAUGCUUCCUUUCACACUUACCUUUCCAAUAACCCAGAUUAUUACUUAUGAUUUACCACGAUCAAAGAAUGCAAAUUUUUUUUAUAGUUUGUGUAACAUUUAGCCAGUGGAUCAUUUCUUGUUAUCUGCUGUACAUGACAACAGUACUCUCAGCUUCUAAGUUCUUAUGGAAAUGUAUACAUGCUGUCCGUGUAUGUCUGAUAUUGUAUGCUAGUUUUAUGUUCACACAGAUUUUUAUAGUGUUCACAUUUAGUACAUAGUGGACAUGUAAAACCAUGUUCUGAAUAAUAGCUGGUCAGUAUGACUUCUAAGUGAUGGACCAUUAUAAAGCAUAGAUAAUGCAAAGACUCAACAGAGCUCUACAUGCCAUUGAUAGCAAUUUGGUUAUUUUCAGUUUAAGGAAAGGCUUUCCUGCAAACAGCAGAAUCUAUAUCAAAAACUGCACAAUUUACAGACACAGUUUAAACAUAAGCUACUGUUUUUCCAUUCUUUAUCCUGUCCUUUUUGUUACAAGAAAGUGACAUUAGCAAUAAACACUGCAAUAUUUGGAACAGCAAAUGUACAUUUUUAGAAAGAACAGUACAUGUAAAUAAGCAAGAUUAAUUAAUGAAAGUUUUAAAUAGUUUUUUUAAAAGUAAACAGCUAGAGAAGGUCUGUUUCCAAAGUGUAUAGAGAGAAGAAACUUUUUUAAAAAAGAGAAAAUUAAAUCAUUAAUGAUGUAGAAGGCAGGGGGAAAGUACAGAGAUGAGCUCAAAAGCACAAAUUUAAUCUCUGUCAUUUUUUAAACAAAUGUUUUAGUCUGAUUUCAAAUUAUUGAGAAUAUUUUACAUGAUAUAUUCAUUAUAAAGUGGCUGUUUAAGCACUUUGUAAUAAAAUGAUGAAAUGUGUUUUGGAAUGGUACACUACUAUGCAUUAACAUUGCCAUGUGCCCAACAAAGUCUUUAGUUAAGAAACACUGAAAAGGGUUUUGCAGUCAUUACAUAUAAAUGCACAAAAUUAAACAUUUUAAGUAGGGCAUAAUUGUUUCCUUGUCCUCUUUUAUGUAUACCUGCAAUGUAAUUAAUUUUUUACUUGAGCUGAGUUUUUAAAAAUUAUUCCAUAUUUCCUGCCUGACUCUGAUGUGAUAAAUGAGAAUAGCACCCAAACACAAAGUCCUGAUGAAGGAUCUUGGCCCGAAACAUCAGCUCAUUAUUUCUCUCAGUAGAUGAUGCCUGGCCUGCUGAUUUCAUAAGGUUGUAGAACACUACAGCACAAAAGCAGUCCCUUCAGCUCAUCUACUUCAUGCCAAACUAUUAAUCUGUCUAAUCUCAUUGACCUGCAUUGGGACCAGAGACCUCCAUUCCCCUCCCAUCCAUGUACCUAUCCAAAUUUUCUCUGCACUCUUUCAAUCUUACUGACAUCUUUCCUGUAGUUAGGUGAUCAGAACUAGACACAAUACUUCACAUUAGGCCUCACCAAUGUCUUAUACAACUUCAACAUUACAUCCCAACUCCCGAACUCACAGUACUUAGAUUUAUGAAGGCCAAUGUGCCAAAACCCAAAAGUUUUUCCAGCAUUUUGUGUAUGAUACUCUGGGAAUAGUAAAAUUCAUUUCUAAAUUUGCUUUUGGCAAUGGAUAUUCUGUCAUUGCAACUUCACAUUACAAAUAUAGAGCUCUUGCUUUCGCUCAUUCCAAUCUUUUUGCACAGCUGCUGGAAGAAUGUUUGAUACAGAGCCUAAUCCAAGCAACACAGUACAUUCAUUUACCUUAAAAAUAGUUUCUGAAUUGUUUUCUCAUUGUAACAUCUAUACAGGCUUCUAACUGGAUUAACUGCAUUGAAUUAAGGUAGAGGUGUUCCAUGUGUCUCCAGUCCUCAAUUUUCCAUAGGUUACUUUGUGGGAAAUAAUUUUGAGGAAGCACUUCAGCACAGAAACAAUUCAUUUACACCUGCAUAUAUAUCUAUGCAUCUCUCAAAUCUCUAUUUCUUUUGACUUGAUAUGCAUAUUUUCUAUUUCUCCCACUUACAUGCUUCCCAGCAUGUAAUAGCGGAUUCCACAUUUUACUUGCAAUCAGGUUAUGUUUCUCCAUCACUGACUUUAUUGAUAUUUUCUGCUGUGUUAAUGGCCAGUAGUUUUGAACUCGUACAAGAAGUCCCCCCUGUCAACUUGGUGAACAUCCUUCAUAAUUUUUGAAAUGCUUGACUUGUGAAUAUGAGAAUAGAAUUGGAGGAAUAUAGAAGGCACACUCAAUGGGCCUAAUGGCUUAAUUCUGCUGGCUAUAAUUUGGCUAUAAUCUUCUGGUCUUAAAACAUUUGUGGCUCUUUCCACUAUUGCCUCACUGUGAAGCUGUGAAUGUGCACAGGUUAGCAUUGCAAUUGUAUUUCAUGCAAUGCUAACCUAUCAUGAUAAACUAUAAAGCCUUGCUUGUCCCUUCUUACUUCACUUCUGUUCCCUGUCAUCAGGUUUACCUUCCCACAUCAUUCCAUCUAAGAUUCCUCCUACCCACUUUUAUUAUUUUUUUUUGACAGUCAUGGUCAAACCAACUGUCCACCUCCCUUGAAGAUGUUGCCUUGUCCUUACGUGUUCAUUACUCUAUCAUAGACUUCUGCCUAAUAAUCUUCCAAUCCAUUGGAAAAUCUUCACAUCCAGCCAUUUUCCUUCCUCCAGAACUAUUCAUUCAUGACUGCAGCCCAUCUACCUCUGAAAAGACUGAUAGUUGAGAGGUGUUGGAUUGUGCAGUGGAAGCUCGGUGCAACAUAUCUGUUACUUUUACUUUAUCCUGGAUCCUCACAAUUCAUUUAGAACUACAUGUGAAGGACAAUGUGAACAAAUUCUCUGCGUAAACUUGAAUUGGGCCUGGUGGAUUGGCAUGAGGUCUGAUCGUGAAUCCUGACAGGAAUUUUGAAUGUGAUCAGUCUAGUAGAACUCAUUCAACUAUACAUGAGUGAGUUGAAUAACAUCCAAAAUCAAAACAAUGCAAACAGAAACUAGAAAUAAACAGUACUGGAAAUAUCUGAUAAAAGGUUAUCAGUUUGAACAUCUUGUUUUGCCUGCCACGGAUGCUGCCUGACCUGCUUUAAUUUAGAAUUUAGUUUAUGAAAGAAUCUUUUAAGCCAUUCUUGCAAAGUGGAAUCAGUUACCUUUAAAUGAUUUGAAAUGUUAUUUCCCAUACUUUCAAAAUAUACAUAUGUCCCUCUACAUUGAGUAUUUUGCUUCUGUGCACAAUAGUUUCUAUUUCACUAAUACAAUAUGUGAAUGAAGAAUUCGGGAAUAUGGAAGUUGAGAGAGGAGGAUAAAAGGAGUGAUUCGGGCAAGGCCGGUUUUUAUGGGCUGUGCAGGAGUGGAAGUGUCAGCCUAACCUCAGGUGCAAAUAAAAGACGGGUAGGUUCGAGCGGAGCAGCCAUUAUUUGAGUGUGCCAGUGAUAGUGUGAAGGCUUUGGCUUAAUCUUUUGACAUGCAUGGGCAGAGUAGUCAGGAUGGAAUGCUCCUACUGUCAGAUCUGGGAAUUCAGGAUACCUGACAGUUUCCUUGAUGACUAUAUCUGCAGGAAGUGCACCCAACUUCGGCGCCUGACUGACCAGGGCAAGGAGUUGGAGCUGGAGUUGGAUGUACUCGGGAUUAUUGGAGAAACUGAAUAUAUUAUAGAUGAGAUUUUUGAAGAGGUGGUAAGGGGAUUAAGGAGUUAUUGCUGGGUUCCCCUGUGGCAAUAACUCCGUAAUCCUCUUAAUACUCCUGGUGGUCACCCAUCUACUGUCCAAAACCUGUAUCCUGGGUGUGACCGCCUCUUCAAAAGUGAUGCUGAGGCUUGAUAAGGCACUGGUGAGGCCUUACCUCGAGUAUUGUGAUCAGUUUUCGGCUCCUUUUCUAAGAAAAGAUGUGCUGGCGUUGGGAGAAUUCAGAGGAGAUUCACAAGGAUGAUUCUGGGUAGGAAAGGGUUUUCAUGAGGAACGUUUGAUGGCUCUGGGUCUGUACUCACUGGAAUUUAGAAGGAUGAGGGGGGAUCUCAAGAAUGUUCUAAGGCCUGGACAGAGUAGAUGUGGAAAGGAAGUUUGCCAUGAUGGGCAAUUCUAGGACAAGAGGGCACAGCCUCAAGAUAGAGGGGAGUCCAUUUAAAACAGAAAUGUGGAGAAAUUUAUUUAGCCGGAGGGUGGUGGCUCGGGAUUUAUUACCACAAGCAGCUGUGGAAGCCAGGUUGUUGGGUGUAUUUA